AUGUCUAACGAGAAUCCAUUGAGUGGCCACGACCUGGCAUAUCAAGAAGAUGUGAAACCUAGCUACGAUGGCGUGCCUGGCCAGGCUUUAGAUGCUGUUAGAAUGCGGUCAGCUCAGUUGACGCAUUCGUUGAGAAGGCUGCGAGACGAGCUAUCUAGAGCUGAGCUGCCGCAAUGGUUCUCGUUACAGUCGCAAUUGAAUGUUACUUUAUCGCAACUAAUGUCGUUGACCUCUACACUUCAGCAUUUCCAUGAUGUCCUUGAUUCAACUGCCGUAUACCCAUUGCCCAAUUUCCCAACAACAUCACAUGAAGGACUCUUGACGACUCUAUUACGGAAGAAGAACAUUCCUGAGGUGGAUGAAUGGAUCAUGGGAGCGAGGGAAGCUUCUGAUUUAGAUUCUCCAGCGCUGGAGGUCAACGAAGUCGAGAAGUCGCUGAAUGACGACAAGGAAGUUACCAAAUGGGCAUUACAAAUCUUUGUGCAAGAGUUUGAAAGACAUAACUACAAGGGCCUUCGCACAAGGGAAGAGAAUGCCGAAGAUGUAUUAAUGGAGGACACGAUUCAUAGUAGGAAGCCAAGGAAACCGUUCGAAGUUGAAGACAUUCUUUCGUACAUCUACAAAGGUAAGGAAUCGUGGGAGGACAGGUCGAGCAAUGAAGCAGCUGUGAUCAGUUGA